AAUGGCAUAUGGGUGGGUACUCGAGUGUGGAAAGGGACAUUCGCGUCACGUCGCGGCUCAAUGUGCGCUCACCCGGCCUCCCCCUCCUCGUGAUCUGGAAUGGUUCGCUCCGCCGCCGCAGGUCUGGUUCAGGCAGAGACGGCGUUUAUCUGUCCGGAAGAUCUGGGACCGCGCUUGGAUCUGUCCGCGGUGUUUGCGCUCACCUUGCGCUCUGACAUGAAUGAAACGCGUCCUCUGCGUGCGCGAAGAUCGGAGGAAGCUUGCGGUUCGCUGUCGCUGGCGUGUGUUCGUGUCGAGGACAGUGUGAAGGAUCGGCGGUCGUGAUGAGGCGGACUGCGGGGCGAGCAGGGCUUCUCUGACUGACAUGGAUGGUUCAGGGGUGGAGGACCGACAAUAGCCUUCGGAACACGCGACAAAGAUACUCUUGAUGUGAUUCCUGAGACCUUGAAAGGACUGUCGGAGUCUGCGCCACAUUCAGUCCAUUUGCACCUGCGGAGACAGAACCACCUGCUGGCUCUGUCAUGAGCAACAUCUCUGCAUCCAUGGACGCUGCCUACCUCGACUUGCUGAUUUUUGAUAUUAUCUGACAACCCUCACCAGCCCGUGGAAUGCUUGAUCUAAAAAUGAAAGAGUCGUGUCGCAUCUGUGGUCGGGACCUUUGUGGGAACCAGAGGCGAUGGAUCUUCCACCCCACCGCCAAGCUCAACCUUCAGGUGCUGCUGUCCCACGCUCUUGGCCAGGAGCUGACCCGAGAUGGAAGAGGAGAGUUCGCCUGCUCCAAGUGCACCUUCAUGCUGGACCGCAUGUACCGAUUUGACACCGUGAUCGCCCGUGUUGAGGCCCUGUCCAUCGAGAGGUUGCAGCGUCUACUGCAGGAGAAGCACCGGCUCAGGCAAUGCAUCGGCGGACUGUACCGUAAAACCAACUCCGAGGACGGCGAUGAAACUACAGUGGAGAAGCACGGGUCAGCUGAAGGGAUGGUGGACAUUUCCGGUCUAACCCACGCGAAAUACUGCGCCCUUCUUCAAGAGGACCUGGUCUACUCUUUGUACGAGUCCUGGGCUGACGACAGUUUGGACGGUCAGCACCAGCAUCAAUGUUCUGCAGGCCUUCCUUCAGAGGUUCCAGGGUUCCAACGCUGUACGCCAAGCACGCCCAGAAGGUGUCGCGGAUGUUCACACUGGCGUGUUGCAGAUUCAGAUUACGAGGCUGUUUGCAAGGUGCCCCGAAAGCUGGCGAGGAGUUUCUCCUGUGGACCAUCAACGAGAUACUCAGCCAGUGUGACUGGAGUGAGUGCCACUGGUGCCGGAAAAGAUGCAGAUGAGACAGAUGAACUCCCAUCCUCCUUGACCCUCGUUCCCGACUCUCACGAUCCGUCCAGGACGUCGGACAGCGACCCCACUCUGGCUGGCCGAGCCAGCUCCAGCCCUUCCUUUGCAUCCCUGGAAACUGGAGAGGACUACACUCAGCCUGGAGCUGUAACAUAUGGGAGCCACAGCUCCCCCAAAGAGCUAAUAUACGAGCGGAUAUCUGACUCCUUCUCUGAGGAGCACAUGAUGGCUCCUCAUGACCCAGAAUCCCCUGCACCAAACAUGGCCCUGGCCCUUUUUAUGCUACAAAAUUACUCUGUUUAUCGGCCUAUCCAAAACACUAAGGGCAGUAAAUUGCCAGUUUUGCACAGACAAAAAAACAGCAACGGUGGCACAAGGACUGGCCUCCCUAAUCCCUUACUGGCAAUGUCCUUUGCCUCAGAGAGGGACCACAACAUGCCCACAGCAGAGUUUGAUACCCCAGUAAUACGACUGGACGAUGAUGUUGCAAACAUGGAGGACUGUCUUGAAGACUCAUACAUAGAGUGUCCACGCCCUCCUCCGCACAAGAAUCUUGUUGAGGAGCAGCAGAGUCAGCUGAACCAGUACGAGUGUGCAGCCGGACAGUGCGUGAAUGAGCUGCAGAAGGCCCAGCUUCAGGUGCAGACCCUGCAGGCCAAGAUCCAUGAGAGCGAAGCCAACAACAUGAAGCUGCAGGAGAAAUUGAACGAGAUGGAGUCCGAGCUGCGAUCGCUCCGCCAUGCCACCCAGAGCCGGGACAGAACCAUCCAGGGCCUCACAGAGUCCAUGGGCACCAAAGACAGUGAGGCCCAGGAGCUGUAUCAGAUGAUCGAAGGGCAGAACAGCACGUUAUGCAAGCUGCAAGAAAUAGUCCACCGCAACCAGCUCGCGCAGAGAAAGGUUCCAGAAGGCGUCUGUGAAACGUUGACACUCGCCAAGCUGCAGGAGGAGUUGGUGGGUGUGCAGAGCUCUCUGUUCUCCCUGGGUCUGGAGCUGGAGGUCAGUCAGAGGAGUCUGCGGCGAAGCCAAAGGCAGGAGGAGGACCUGGUUCGGUUCAAAGACCGACUCAACGCCGAUCUGCAGGAGGCCCUUCAGCACAAAGAGCUGACUGAAAAACACAACCAGGACCUGCGCUGCGCUCUUCAGAAAAGUCACGCUGAACUGCAGGCGAAUGAAGCUGCUCUGAAGGAGAGUGAGGCUGAGAGAGCGACGGUCCUGCAGGAGAGCAAUGGAAGCAUUUCACGCCUCAAACAGGCUCUGCAGCAGAGGGACCGGCAGCUACAGGACUAUAUAGAAAUGUCCGAGGCUGAGGGGAAGUCCAAACCACGAGAUGCUUUGCUGGACAAGUUAAGAGAGCGCAUCAAAGAUAGAGACAAGGCUCUGGAGCGCUCCAUAGACGACAAGUUUCGCUGCAUGGAUGAGCAUGAGAACCAGGUGAGGAUGCUGCAGCUGGCUCUGAGGGAGAAGGAGCGCGACCUGGAGAGGCUCCGCUGCAUCCUGUCCAACAACGGGGAGACCAUCACGAGUCUGGACGCUCUGGUGCGAGGUAAAGAGCUGGAGGUGGAACAGGCAGCUGAAGCCUACAGGAACUUGCAGUGGUUGAAGCAGCAGAGUGAUGAGAAGGAGAGGAACACUCUGCUGGAGAAAGACGGCACCAUCAGGCAGCUACAAGCAGCUCUGCAGGCACGCAGCCGUGAGACACAGGAUCUGACAGCUGCCCUGGUGGCCAGAGUCCAGGCCGGUCCCUCGGAGGUGGUGGAGGAGCUAAAGGCUCGGCUGGAACUGAAAGAGAAGCUUUUCCAGGAGCUUUUAUCAGACCGCAGUCGGAGGUCUAAUGAGCACCAAACUGAAGUCCAGGACCUGCUGAGCACCAUCAGCUCCAAAGAUCAGUACCUGCAGGACACCUCCUAUAGAUUGUCUAUGGUGAUCAGCGAGCGCUCCAGUGAGCUGCAGGAGCUGCGCCAGCAGCUGCUGCUGAAGGAACAGGAGCUGUGCCAGCUGAGACGGGACAGAGAGCGAGAGUUCGGAGGAGACACCGAGCGUCUGCAGGGUCUCCUCAAGGAGAAAGAAGCCUUCAUCAAGGACAUGAUGCAGACUGGAGAAGAGGUGUCCUCGAAGGAAAGCAUGUCGGAGUUUCAAGUGCUUCAGGAUGAGCUGCAGCUGGCGCUCAGGAAGGAGAGGGAGGCCCAGAAGGAGCUCUCUGCUCUGCGGUCGUCUUAUAUCGACUCUAAAGAUGGCACAGGUCACAAACAUGUGCUGGAGCAGCUGGUGUCUGAGUAUCACAAGCUGAAUGAGGCCCUGAGGGCGGAGAAGAGGUUAUACCAGAGUCUAGCUCACAGUAACGCCAGGAGUGACAGCAGCGCGGAGAAGCUCCAGUCUCUUCACACCGAGCUGGACACCGUCCAGGCGCUCCGCGGACAGCUGGAGGAGGUCCUGGCCAGGACCCGUGACAUGGCCCUGACGAUGGACAGGGCUUCUAAAAUGCAGCCUGACUUUGGAGGUCUGAGCACGGAGGAUGAGGAGGAGGAAGGUGAUGAUGAAGAAGGCAGCAGUGACGAGUUCACCGACAGCAUAGAGGAAGAGGAGGUGGAGGGGGUGGAGAAAGUUUCAGCCAGAAGUUCAAGCUCCAUUCGGAGGUCCGAGAGUCAUGUGACCAGGCAGACACUCGAGUGUGAGCUUGAAGAAGUGAAGGCAGAGCUGCAGAGGGAUGGGUUCACAUCCGUGGCGCACAUGAGGUCUGCACUGCAGAAGCUCCAGCUGGAGAACCAGUCGCUUAAAGAGGGUCAGACAGGCAGUCAUAGGAGCUUCAGCCCUGAAGUGGAGGAGGAUAUUUAUGAGGAGGAGGAGGAGGAGAGGUCUUCUGUAAGACAACGUGGUCUGGACUGUUCAAGCCCUGAUAAGGAGCAAGGGAUGAAGAGGCGCCCUCGUCCAUCCACUCUGGACCUCCCCCAUCACCCCCUUCUGCCUGACACGGAGGUGGAUUCUUCUGCUCACAGCUGUGACGUCGUGACAAUCCAAAGUGACCACAGCCUGCGCUCCGACUUGGCUCUGAGCCUGCAGGAGAACCGGGAGCUGCAGGAGAGACUGAUGGUGUCCGAGGCCACGGUCCAGGCCCAGGCCGAACAGCUGAAGGACUACAGGGACCUGCUGACUGAGACGUCGGUCCAGCAGGCUAGUAAACAAGUCCAGGUGGACCUUCAGGAUUUGGGCUAUGAGACUUGUGGUCGCAGUGAGAACGAAGCUGAAAGAGAAGACGCCAGCAGCCCAGAGUUUGAUGAUCUGGAGAUGUGCACCUCGCUGUCUGUACCUCAGGACUAUGAGGGAGCGGGUGGUGGCUGGUACUCAGGUCACAGCAGGAGUCAUAAAGUAGAAAUGGGAGACCACUUGGUUCAGGAUCUCCGCUCUCAAUUGAGCCGGUGUCACAAGGUGAUCCGUGGACUUCAGCUGAAAGUCCGCUCCUUGUCCGCCACCAGCGACUAUGCGUCCAGUUUGGAGCGAACUCCCCGCAAGGUGAACUGGGCUUUUGAAAGAUCAAGCGGAGCAGAGGACGACGAAGGUUGGAUGUCCGACAACCAGUCCGGGGCCAAGCGGAGCAGAGAGCUACAGGAGCUGAUGGCACGUGUCACAUCACUGGAGGCCCAACUCAGAAGCACCAAAAUGGAGGGUAAAGAUCAGGCAGAAGAUGGGAAAUGUGCUACAUGGCCCGGGAAGUACAACUCUCUGAUCCAGUCUCAAGCUCGGGAGCUGUCCAACCUGAGGCAGAAGAUGAGAGAGGGACGAGGAGUCUCCCACAUCCUCACCCAACACUUGGGUGACACCACAAAGGCAUUCGAGGAGCUGCUGCGAGCCAAUGACAUCGACUACUACAUGGGCCAGAGUUUUAGGGAGCAGUUGGCACAAGGUUCCGCCUUGGCACAGAGACUCGUCACCAAGAUCAGCGGACGAGGCCGUGCCGAGAGCCACGACGACAGCACUGAUCACGAGCUACUCGCCAUGAGGUUGAGCAAAGAGCUUCAGCAGAAAGACAAGAUAAUCGAGUCCCUCCACAACAAGCUGCAGCACCGCCCUGAAACGCCCUCCAGUUGCCAAGCUCUCUCCGAGACCACCGAGCAGUCAGAUCGGACCUCCCUGGUGUCCGAUGAGUACCGCACCACUGAAGACCUGGAGCUGUGCUCAGACUUGGACAGCAGAGAGUAUCAGGAGGAGCACCGACAGCCCCAGCUGGAACCUGGAGCUGACGUCUCUGCAUCCAUCCCACCCCCUCGUCCUCCCCUCAAGUCCUCCAAUAGCUGUCCCAACAUGCAAACCUCCUCUCAGAUCAGUCCGUCCUUCAGAGCCCCCUUCAGUCUCCCUCCUUGCUCUCCCUCUGUUCCUUGUGGUCCCGAUGCUUUGCGAGGGGGAGGUACUUUUGCGCCUCGACCUAGGGCCCUGACUGUCAUUGCUGUUCGCCCUGAGUUGGAUUCGCUGUAUAAGCGGAUGAAUGAGCAGAACAGGGAUUUUGCACUGCCUCACGGGAACCCUGCAUAUCCUCUCUCACCCGGUGCCCACAACCAGCACGACCUCUCCGGCUACAACCAGCUCCCCCACCACGCCUUCCAGCCGUAUCAGCUGAGCGAUAUUCCGGAAGACUUCUCACUGAAGUCUGACUCUGGCCUGGUGACCGGAGGGACCCUUUGGGACAACGUGGGUCCGAAGUUCGGAAGCUACGCCAGCUCCCCCGCGCACCAUUCAGCCAACAGCCACUCAGGUGUAAACUUAAUCGAGGAGCACCUGCAGGAGGUUCGGUGUCUACGUCAGCGCCUGGAAGAGUCCAUUAGGACGAACGAGAGACUCCGGCAGCAGCUGGAAGAGAGACUGGCCUGUAGUGGCCACGACCGAGGGGCACCCACUAACAUCUACAUCCAGGGUCUGGACUCCGUCACUCAGUUGUCCAAUGAAAUCCGAGCGCUGAAGGAAGAGAACGUAAAUCUUCAGAGUCGUCUGAAGUCCAGCUCAGAUUCGUGUGAGGAAGUGGUGCAGCUGAGGGAGGCAGUGAUUUCAGCACGCAGCGGACUGAAGCAGGCGGAGCUUGAGGCCGAGCGCUGGAAGGAGGAGCUGCACCGGCUGCAGGCCAGCAGUCAGGAGCAGGCGCAGCAGAUGGUCACCUUCAGGCAGGAACGGCAGGCCAGUCAGGAGAAGAUCAACAGGCUCCAACAUGACGUCUCGCUACUCCAGCAGCAGCUGUGUGAGAGCCGGGAGUUCGUCCACUCUCUGCAGAGCGAGCUGCAGGUCUACGACCGCGUCUGUCCCAGCAUCAAGUCCAGCAAAGGCUUCUUGAGCGAGGUGCCUGGGCUGCCUGUUGAGUUGGGCGAGCUGCUGGGUGAGGUGAGGAGCCUGCGAGCUCAGCUUCAGACCAGCGUCCAGGACAAUAGCGCCCUCAAGCAGCUGGAGCUGAGGCUGGGCGCCGCCUCUCCGCGCCGGCCAUCUCUCUCCGCCCUCAGCGCCAGCCCACAGAGAGAGAACUUCUACAGACGACAGCUGCUGCACGACCCGGCUCCUUCUCCGCCAGUCAGGGACAUUGGUCUGUUCAACUGUGGCUCCCCUGGUCCUCCAUACUCAGACCUGGACGACGCCCACAGCACUGCCAACGCAGACCCUCUGGACCCUCAUUCUGAGCUUGAAGGAGAAGCUCCGGACGGGUCAUUCGCUAACCGUAACGGCCGCCACGCCAUCGGUCACGUGGACGACUUCAGCGCUCUGCAGCAGCAAAUCCUGGAGGGGCGGAGCCUGGUGCAGUGUAUGGAGACCACGUUACAGUCGUACGUGGGCCCGCCUCUGCCGGAGAGCAACCGGGAUCCCACCAAUGAGCUGAUUCUGGACUCCAGCUGUGUGAAGGCUCUGCUGUCCAACACCAAGACUCUGCGGCAGAUUAUGGAGGAAGCUUUGGCUCUGCUCAAGAUGUUUUGGAGGGCAGCACUGCCCAGCUCCGACCACCCCAGUCUCAACCUGAAGAAGGAGCAGAGUCUGCAAGAGGAGAUCCUCUCGUUGAAGCUGCGCAUGUCCGAGCAGGAGGAAGUUCUCAGAGGGACAAUUCAAAGGCUGAGGAGCACGAGUCGCACCAAGGAGAACAUGGAGCAUUUCAUCGUCAACCAGUUGUCCAGGACUCGAGACGUGCUGAAGAAAGCCAGGACAAAUUUGGAGAAGAAUGAACAGAGACUUUCCUCUCUAAGCUCCUCCUCUUCCUCUCCUGGUCAGGAGUCAGGAGGCGCUGCCCGAGACCGGCCUGCUGAUAGCCGUUUCCUGAAGACCAGCGGUGUGGCUCCGCGUCCAGCCAACAGGAAGCGCAGCAGCCAGUGUCUGCUUUAACCUCUCACCCAGCCAAGAGACCCUCCACGACACCAGCCUCCCGACACGUGCAUGUUGCAAAGAGCACCUCCAGCCUUAGCGCCCGACUCACGCCCUCUGCUUCAUCCUUGUCUUUGAGUGACGCAGUCUGCCUUAUCCAGUGUGUGACAGAAGAAGGUGACCGACAUGUGUUUUCCGGUGGUUUGGAGAGUUCCACUCUCACUAGAUGCUGGGCUCCGCAUGGAGCUGCGAGGACUUUAUCUGACAAGUCUUUGUGAGCAAGUAUCUGAGAGUCAGGUGGCGAGCGGAUGUAUGUUGGAUGAAGGCUUGAGAGAGGAAUCUGCACACAUGAGGCGCUCAAAGACAAACACUGUUUGUUGUUGCAAAUACAAUGCAAGAAGAGAUGACACUCAAAUGUAUCACUGGCGCUGUGGAGGCAAGUGGGGUGGAGGUCACUGGAAACCUCAACCGACAAAGAGCCUGAAGAGAGAGAGGGGAGCAGCAGAUGCUACUGAAGAAGCAAUACACUUCAACGUGACCUCUGGGUGCUUCACUUGUUGCUCACAUUUUCAUUUGCAAGAAAAUCAGCUCAUAAUUGAAAACAAUCGUGUGCAAUACACUUCAUGGAAAAUCGUAAAGAAUGUUGCAUGACGGAGAUUGUAAACAAAUCAUGACGCAGAAAUUUGCCAAAAUUCUUGAGAGAAAAAAAGACUGUUUUUGGACCAAAACCCGACAAAGUAUUACCAAAACGCUUCAUCGUGUUAGGUGACAGUGAAAUGUUGGCAAGCUGCUGCGCGUUUUUGUUCUGUUUUGUCGCUGUACAUUUGCCAUUUCAGCUGUAAAUAAUAGCCAUGUGUGUGUGUGUGUGUGAGCAUGGAUGUGUGUGUGUGAGAAACAUCCAACAUUUGCUGCAUUUUUUGAUGCAAAGUUGAGGAUCUGGGUAGCUGUGCAAUAUCUUGGUGUGGUUUAUUUUGAUGUUACACAUCAUUGUAUUUUUGAAGGGGAUUCACUUGCUGCUGCGUAUUUGAAGUGCAGCGAAUGUUUGUCGACUGUGCCAUUUUCAAUCUCCUCAUAUGACUCUGCCUUUAUGAUAUCAAGUCACUCUACUAGUCGCUUUGGCUCCAGCUUAUGUUUGAUCUGCUCUCAGGGGUCUUGAAGAAUCGCCUGGCCAAAACGUAGGUUUUGUUUGCGCUCAAGUCUAAAGUAUAAAGGAAUAAAUGCCAAGUUUUUAAUUCGAGCCAGAUGUGUGUGAAAGAAGACGAACUUUUGACGUCGUCUUCUGCAACCAAAAGCCAAUGAGUGUGGAGCGUAAACAAGGCCUUGCUGCUUUUAGUGGUGGAGAGAAGAGUUACUAGUUAUCGCGUAUGUAUAUAGAGCUUUUGAACUGUUGCAGUUUAGUUUUUGCGAAAUGAACUAGGAAGCCGAAACCGGACUCGUAUCGAUCCUGUUUCUGAUGAGUGUGUUGUGGUGGCAACGUUUAUCCACAAAAAAGAUUUUAGGACGAAUAAAUAAAAUGUUUUAAAAGCU